AUGACUUCUUACAUACGAAAAUACGUUACUGCACUUGCCUCAGCUAGAGAUUACAUAGCACAAUGGUCAUCAGAUCAUGUUUAUGCUGAUGAAGAACUCAUCGUACCAUUUCCAACGUUAGCAACCUACGAUACACAUAGACAUCGUUGGUCAGUACACAUCAAAGCGUGGGUUUAUCUCCCGUUUCAACCGAAGUCAAUCACAAGUUAUCUUCCAUCACUGCCAAGUUUUUUAAGUGGAAGUGAAAAGAAAGAAGGUGAAGAAAAGCAAGUGAAUGAAGAAAAAUCUGACAAAUCGACGGAUGUAGCGAAUGGUGAUAAAAGCAAGAAGACUGUUUUUAAUGAAGAUGAACGUUCAAUUGAUAAAUCGUCAAAAGAGGACAAAGAAAAGGUCGAUAAAGAGAAAAAGGAAGCAGCUGCAGCAGCGAGUGAAGAAAACCAUGAAACAAAGAAAAAUAAUGGUGACAGCGAUUCAGAUGAUGAUAUGUACGAAGAUGCCUUACGAGACGAGUUCGGUGAACCAGAGGAAAGUCCGGGUCGUUUAGGUUUGUUUUUCGUUGGAAAUUCAGUUAAGAUCGCCACAAAAUCGGUUAUCAACGGCGUUGAACAUCUUCUCAAACCGUCAGAUGAAAGUGGUUUCAUCGAAGAAGAUCUUGAAUUUUCCGAUAAGGAAAUUCAAUCUCUUUGUUGCACAACUCAUGAAGGCUCUAAAGAUAAAAAGUUCGAAUACCAAAUUCAACUUAAUCCAGCAAAGGAACUUGACGUCGCGAAAGAGAAAGAGAAAGAGAAAGAGAAAGAGACUAUAAAGGAAAAUACUGAUGAUUAUAAAACGUUCACAUGUACAAUUUAUCUUCUUCAUCAACAUGGCACUAGUAUUAUAUCAGAUAUUGAUGAUACAGUGAAGAUCUCGAAUGUGCUCAUAGAAGGCAUGAGCGAAUUGUACCAAAAAUGGCACGAUCAAAAAUGUCAAUUUCAUUAUGUUAGUGCCAGUCCAUGGCAGCUAUAUCCUGCACUUCGUUGUUUCUUGGAAAGAUACAAAUUUCCAAUGGGUACAAUGAGCCUGAGAAAGUUCUCAUGGAGCUUAGAAUUCUUCAAACCAGCUGAUACUUACAAAAUUGAAACAAUUUCCGAAAUUCUCGAUUCUUAUCCAUUACGAAAAUACAUCUGUGUCGGUGAUUCAGGUGAACUAGAUCCAGAAAUCUACUCGAAAUUGUAUCUGAAAUACCCUAAAUCAAUCGUUUAUAUCUUCAUUCGUGAUGUGUGUCACACACCAACAUGUUUACCAACAUGCGAAGAACGGUACAAGAAAGCAUUUGAAGGAGUGCCCAAGGAGCGUUGGACUAUAUUCAAAGAUGCUAAAGAUAUCGAAAGCGAUAUCAGUAAAUUACUUGCUGUACAGAAAGACUAA